AUGGAAAAACUGCCGGAAAACUGUCGAUUAUGCCUGCUAAGGUUUCCCCGUGGGCGCAGAGUGGCCAUUGUUGACGAAGAAUUCCAACAAAAACUGAAAAUCGUGUUUCCAUUUGCGAUUCUGCCUGAACAAUCGCUGCCCACCGAGGCAUGUCGUGGGUGUUCAGUAACGGUUGAUAAUUUCUUUAUCUAUAGCGAAAAAGUGCGUUACAAUCAGGAAAGCUUACGUACGACAAAGCUGCCCAAUGGUACUAGAUGUGAUUUACCAGUACUUAACAAGGAAGAAUCAUUUGAAGGGAGCUUAGCGUUCAAAAAUAUAGAUGGAUCCCACCACAAAAAAUCAGCUAUCUCGUCAGAUAACACAUUUGAAGAAAACAUCCAUGUCGAAGUAAUAGAAGUGGAGCCAAUUUUGGAUGCUCCACUUGGAGAUAGUGUUAAGAUACUGCUACAAGACGGUCUAGAUCCUUCGGUGGGAGAUCUAACUACAAUAGAAUCUUCGAAUGAACUAUGUGACAAUUCUGUAAAUACUCACGAGGAUGAAUCGGAUGCAUAUUUUGACGAGCAGAUUACCGAUAAACAAAGUUUACAACACCAGGAUCUCCUCGAGGAAAAGAAGAAAAAGCAAGCAGAGGAUGAUAGAAAAUUACGUGAAUAUUUUCAUCUUGGUUGCGAGAUAUGUUCGUAUAUGUCUGAAACAGUGCCAGACCUAUUUCAGCAUUAUAGACACCAACAUAAAAUAAACGGCUAUGUUCGGUGCUGUAAUCGUAAAUUUUAUAGACGUGCGCGCCUUCUCGAACACCUCGGUGGUCAUGUUGGGUCAAUUUCGUGUGAGAUAUGCGGCAAAAUUUACAAAAGUACCUUCUACCUCGAGCUGCACAAGAUUGAUCGCCACGGUGAAGCAGGCACCAAACCUUUCAAGUGCGACACGUGUCACCUGUCCUUCCAUAAGCCUUAUUUAUUGAAAACGCAUCAAAAACGUCACGAACCGGUUCGAUGUAAUGUAUGUGACAAACAGCUCAUGGGUUCGCAAGGUUUGAAAGCACAUAUGCAGAAAAUGCAUGGCAAGGAUACUUCACUGAUCUGUCCCACGUGUGGAAAAGAAUUUCGUUGCCAAACGGCAAUGGAUCGCCACUUGAAUGCUCACAUGGGCAUCGUAACGAUAGAAAAGGUGCAAUGCGAUAAGUGUGAACGAUGGUUCGAUGGAAAAUACAAUCUUAGAAGACACAUUCGCUAUAUACAUGACGAAGAGGGUCAGAUCAUAUGCGACAUAUGUCAGCAUGUUAGUCCUAACCGACGAGCGUUGAAUCAUCAUAAACAGCGCGUUCAUAGUCACACAGAGACAUAUGAUUGCGAGUUUUGUGGAAAGCAGCGCAACACAAAGCUUGGCCUUCGUGAGCACAUGGCGACGCAUACCAAGAUUCCCCUGUACUCCUGUGAAUUCUGUGGACUCACUUUCAACUCCAAUGCGAAUAAGUAUUCGCAUCGCAAAAGCAAACACCCGGAAAAAUGGAAGGCACAGAAGCAGCGUAAGCUGUUAGAGAAAAUGGGCAAAGCAUCAACUCCAACGUUAGCAGUAGACAGAAGACAUUAA